CGGCGGCAGCAUGAGCCAGGCCGAGCUGUCCACCUGCUCGGCGCCGCAGACGCAGCGCAUCUUCCAGGAGGCCGUGCGCAAGGGCAACACGCAGGAGCUGCAGUCGCUGCUGCAGAACAUGACCAACUGCGAGUUCAACGUGAACUCGUUCGGGCCCGAGGGCCAGACGGCGCUGCACCAGUCGGUCAUCGACGGCAACCUGGAACUCGUGAAGCUGCUGGUCAAGUUCGGCGCCGACAUCCGCCUGGCCAACCGCGACGGCUGGAGCGCGCUGCACAUCGCCGCGUUCGGCGGCCACCAGGACAUCGUGCUCUAUCUCAUCACCAAGGCCAAGUACGCGGGCGGCGGCCGGUGAUGCCCGCCCGGACCCGGACGCGGGCCUCGAGCUUGUCGUCUGCUGUACCUUCCCGCCAACUACCUCGGUGCGCACCGGGCUCCCCGGCCCAGAGGCCACGACGAGUCUGGCGCGCGCGUCCGCGCCCACGGGGGCCGCGCGGCGCCCGCUG